AUGCCGCCUUUACGCUUCGAGUCGCAUCACGGGCAGGAUGAAGAUUUUGAGCUGCCCGAGCCAGUCCUCCUGGACGGAUUUCACCUCCAGGAGAUUGUAUUGGAUGACGGGAGCUACUUCUUCACGCCUCCACGUGAAACACCCUUUACUCAUUACAAGCUGUCUCCUUUCAAGUCCGUUAUCAGCAAUAGCAAUGCCACACAAAAAGAUCUGAGUGGCUGUGAGCCUAUGGAUACCGAUCUAUCCACAGCAAUUGCAGCUGCUUCUACCGAGGAUGUGCGCAUGCAGGAAGUGCUUAUAACGGGAGUGCAUACUCCGCAGGGAGAGCUUGAACAUGCUAGUAACACGGAUGGAGUGAGCCACGCGGAUCAGCGUACUGGAGUGUUGGAGUCAGAGGGGGAUGCAGCUGCUAGGAAGGAAGGAGGGGGAAAGGAAGUGGACCAGAGGAAAGGAGAGACGGUGGGGUGUUUGGAGGAGGUGGGUGGAGGGGUUGGGGCGGCAGUGACAGAGGAACGAGAGGAGGAGGUGGAUAAUGCCACAAUACAAGUGGCUACAGCAAGUGUGACUGGAGGAGCAGCGAUGCAGGAAGAAAUGACAGACAUGUUGAAGAACGAGCUGAAGAGAGAGUCUCCAACGGUUAAGGGAAGUAGCGGUACUAACCCCAUUAAAGCCCACGUGCAAGGUGGCGAUGGUGUGUUCCGAAGCUCCAUUGAACCCCCCCAUAGGGGUCAUGCUAGUCCGUUGCACCUGGUGUUACCCUCGUUGGCUCUUCUGGAAUCUAGGAGCAGCGGAGAGCAGCCAGGGGGGCAUGGGACAGCAGCAGAGGAGAAAGCAGCAGGGGAAAAAGCGCCAGGGGAGAAGGGAGAUUCUGGGGAGGAGGAUGCUGCAGGGGAGGGAGGUGCUGGGAAUACGGGAGCUGCAGGGGACGGAGGGGAGGACGAUGGGAGCAGCAAGAGCCAGAAGGAUAUCGGCGGCAAAUACAUGUCCCCUGCUCAAACCAUCACGAGCCCGAACCAUGGCCCAAGUGAAACUCUGAGACAGUCCCAAAGCCGCACCCGUCCAGGCUCGGCAGCACUGUACAUAGCCACAUACACAGCACUGGAGUGGGCGCGGUUCAGAUUCCAAACCUCCCUUCUAGGCUUGGCAGCACUGUACAUACCCAGGUGGUACACCAGAAUUUGUCUGGUGGAGUGGUUCAUCAAACUGGUAGUCCUUCGAGGAUAG